GCUCCUGGAGCCUCCGGUGCAGGUGCGGAGCCCGGGGUCUCCUGCACGAAGCCCUCGCAGAGCCUUGGCCGUCCAAGGGUUAGGGCUGCAAGGGAGCUUAGAGAGCAUCUUAGUCCAGCCCCCCACCCCCGUUUUACAGAUGGGGAGACUGAGGCCCAGAGAGGGGCAGGGACUUGCCAAAGGUUACGCAGCUUUUUUCAAAACAAGGAGCUGCCUGUUUGGAAGCUUAGGAUGUAAGGCUGGGUCCCCUGACAUGAUUAGUCUGGAGCUCGAGAGACAAGAGUAACAUGUAUCCAGUAAUAGCGACAGAGCUGAACCAGAAUUUCAAAGAUCCUUAUGAUACCUUUAUGAACCAUCAUCUUCAGUAUUAUGGAUACUUCAGAGCUCAGGGUGAUGGUUUACCAAAUGCCACUAAACAUCAGGAUACAUGGGAGAGGUCUUCUCAAUACCUGUUCAGGGGAAAUUUCCGGAAAAGAAAUGAUUUGAAACAGGAUACAUUGCAAGAGGAGAAGCUAAUAUGGAACUCGUGUGCCUCCCCUACUGCUGGGCUCUUGUCCUGUAUGGAGACAGCCACUACAUGGUUCUUCAAACCUGGAUCAUCUUCAUUUUCCCAAGACAGUUCCCAUUUGUUGGAAAGCCCACUUUUUAAGAGCAAACAACUACUCUUUGAUGAGUUUGGUGAAGGAAACCCACGCCUCCGAGAACCCCGAAAUCUCUUUGCUUUUUUCUCUAACGAUGGAUUUCUACAGGCUCCACGAUGGCCCAUAGAAUGUGAAGUCAUCAAGGAAAAUAUUCAUCACAUUGAAUGGGUCCCACCCAAGCCUGAGUAUUUCUAUCAACCUACGGGAAACGAGAAGGUGCCAGAAAUUGUCGGAGAGGGAAAAGGCACAGUGGUCUACCAGAUUGAGUCAGCCCCCACGGGUUCCUAUUUCACCAGCUCCAGAAUAGGAGGCAAACGAGGAUUGAUCAAACAACUUUCUGUCAGUUUGCAAGGACCAGACGAUGACACCCUGCUGUUUGAGUCGAGGUUUGAGAGCGGGAAUUUGCAGAAAGCCAUCCGAGUAGACACCUAUGAGUAUGAACUCACUCUGCGAACCGAUCUCUAUACCAGCAAGCACACACAGUGGUUUUAUUUCCGAGUCCAGAACACCAGAAAAGAAAUCACAUAUCGUUUCACCAUCGUCAAUCUGCUAAAACCCAAGAGCCUUUACACCACAGGGAUGAAGCCUCUUCUCUACUCGGAGGUGGAUGCCCGUACCCAGAGCAUUGGCUGGAGGCGAGCGGGGGAUGAGAUCAAGUAUUACAGGAAGGGCGCAGAGGAGGGACAGCCCACCUUCUACUGCCUCACGUGGACAGUCCAGUUUCCACAUGACCAGGACACCUGCUACUUCGCUCACUUCUACCCUUACACGUACACGGAUUUGCAGUAUUACUUGCUGACAGUAGCCAACAAUCCCAUCCAGUCUCAGUUCUGCAAGCUCAGAACUCUGUGCAGAAGCCUUGCAGGCAAUACUGUCUAUCUGCUCACCAUCACCAACCCAUCUAAGAACUCGGAAAUGGCCGCUGCAAAGAAAGCAGUCAUUCUGAGUGCCAGAGUCCACCCUGGAGAGAGCAAUGGCUCCUGGAUGAUGAAAGGAUUCCUAGACUUUAUCCUCGGAGACUCCCCUGAUGCCCAUCUCCUCAGAGACAUCUUCAUUUUUAAGGUGGUUCCCAUGCUAAAUCCAGAUGGUGUGAUUGUGGGGAAUUAUCGCUGUUCCUUGGCAGGCAGGGACCUGAAUAGGCAUUACAAGACCAUUCUGAAAGAGUCUUUCCCCUGCAUUUGGCACACCAGGAACAUGAUCAAGAGAGUCCUUGAAGAGCGGGAGGUCCUGCUCUACUGUGAUUUCCAUGGGCACAGUCGAAAGAACAACAUCUUCCUGUACGGCUGUAACAGCACCAACCGCAGACAGUGGCUGCACGAGCGCGUCUUCCCGUUAAUGCUGAGCAAAAAUGCCCCAGACAAGUUCUCCUUUCGGAGCUGUAAUUUUAAAGUCCACAAGUGCAAAGAAGGAACUGGACGGGUUGUGAUGUGGCGCAUGGGAAUCCUGAACAGCUAUACUAUGGAGUCGACCUUUGGAGGGUCAACAUUAGGCAGGAAAAGGGAUACUCAUUUUAAUACUGAGGACCUAAAAUCCCUUGGUUAUCAUGUCUGUGACACACUUCUUGAUUUCUGCGAUCCUGACCGCACUAAGUUUGUGCAAUGUUUAACAGAGCUUAAAGAGGAAAUCUCUAAGAAAUUCUCAGAACUUGGACAAGAAAUGGACUUGGAUGGCAAUUGGAGUAACAUCUCCUUGUCUGACAUUGAAUCUAGUACAAGUGGUUCCGACAGCUCCCUCUCAGAUGGGCUUCCUGUUCAUUUACUGGAUAUGGCAGAAAAGCUUGAACAGAAGAAGAAACCAAAGAAGAAAAAGAAACCACUGGAAACCAGAAAGCAAAGAAAUGAGGUGCAUCAGAAAAACAGGUUUAUCCAGGAGUUGAAGUUAACAGAAGAUAGCCAAGAAAAAGCAGAAUUUACCACCAUGCUGAAAAAACAGCCCAUCUUCUUCAAAGGUCCAGAGGCCCAGGUGAAAAAUGAGAACUCAAAGUUUAAUGAGAGCAAGAAACCGGGUUUUAAAAUUCCAGAUCCUCGGAGGCAGGGCCCAACCAGCAGUGUAACUUCAGCAUAUCCGUGGAAGGAAAAGAUGGACAGGUACCAAAACUGUCUGUUAAUGCAGCAGGACAUCCCCCAUCAUCAGCCCUUACUCACCAUGUCAGCACCUUCAAAACGAAGCAAGACUCCUAUAGCAAUUAAGCAGUACCCACCUCCACUCUUUGUGAAGCUGAGCCAAGAGAGCUGUCAGAAACAAGCGGCUUUUUGUAGUCUGAUUCAGCAAGGCAAGUGGAUACCAUCAAAAAGUUCAUCAUCUACUAUAACACCCAGGAAGCCUUUGUCUUCCAGUAACAGAGAUGGAAAACCGGGCUCAUGGAGCACCUGGGUCCUGGAGUUUAAGAAUAUAACAACAAAGUCCCUGUGCUGGAUUCCAAAUGUAACUUCUAUGUUCAUGCUGCUGGGUAAAACUAUCUCUCUGACCCCUAAGAUCCCUCAGAAUCCUGUAGAAAGGAAAAGGAAGGAAAAAAAAUGGAAACUUCCUAGAAGGCCUAGACUGACUAAGACAGAUCAGCACAGUCUACUUGGAAAAAGGGGGGAAAUUUGCAAAAAGAAAACAUGGCUUCAAAUCUCCAGUGAUAUCCAAAAAAAAUCCCAAAAGGACAACGAAUUCCUUGAAAAUCUUUGACUUCUCAAAAGUAAGACUCUGUAUCACAGGCAGAUUCUGUAUAACUUCUCAGAAUUAAGACUCUCUUAUUGACAGCCCGGCAAAGGAUGGCCUCGGUAGGAAUGCUUCAGUUCACAUACAAACGUUCACAAGGCAAGUUAUGAAGGAAACAGAAAGCCUGCUUCUGCUCAAACAAACUGAAACCGAAAAGCUGCCGACACUUCUCUCACUUGAGAGCUACCGGGCUGGGGUUAGUAAAGCAAAAAGGAUCCAAUUUGUAAUCUUACCCUAAUGUUGGAAUUUUUCUGAGAACUUCAAAUUCAAGGUGGAGAAGGCAGGAUGAGGAAGCGACUUCUCUAUAAGAAUCUUGGGGCUUGAUCCAAAAAAUGUCAGUGUGGCAUUUUGAGGUGUUUUGCUUUUUGGUCUUUCCUCAAUUCUUUUUCACAACAUUCUCGUCUCCAGUGUUUGUGUCUUUGCCCUCAAAGUGACGGUUUGCAUCAUAGGACUUUUCUCAAGUACCUUCAUGAGGAACUUCUUCAUUUUCCCAACUAAGCGAACACAAGGAUCAUUUGAAAGUCGAAUCUGCUGUCACAAUCAACUGACUCUACAUUAACUCAAGCUGCCCUUAGUAUUCCUAGGCAAAUCCAAUUCCUACAACAAAUUGUGCUUGAGGACAACCAAGGAAGUCAUUUCCAUUUGAUGAGCCAUCAUUUUGUAUUUUUGACAAACACUGCUUUCCUCUCCAUUCAGGAAAUAUAUUUUUCUCAUCACACUACAUUUGUCUUUUAAAUACAGUUGUUUCUCUAGGGAAGUAAGCCACCUCUAAUGUCCUCCGUUUUUCUUUAAUAAA